ACUAUUCAUGAGAGGGCGGGCCGAGCCGGGCUGCCUUUGUUAACCAGAGGGCGCGGCCACUGGGGUUUUCGCUGCGGGCUUCGCUGAGCGGUACUUGGUUACCGGAUUCGAGUCGAGAUGUCCUACAUCCCGGGCCAGCCAGUCACUGCCGUAGUGCAAAGAGUUGAAAUUCACAAGCUUCGUCAAGGUGAGAACUUAAUUCUUGGCUUCAGCAUUGGAGGUGGGAUUGACCAGGAUCCCUCUCAGAAUCCUUUCUCAGAAGAUAAGACAGACAAGGGCAUUUACGUCACACGGGUAUCCGAAGGAGGCCCUGCUGAAAUUGCUGGGCUGCAGAUUGGAGACAAGAUCAUGCAGGUGAACGGUUGGGACAUGACCAUGGUCACACAUGACCAGGCCCGGAAGCGGCUCACCAAGCGCUCAGAGGAGGUGGUGCGCCUGCUGGUCACACGGCAGUCACUGCAGAAGGCUGUGCAGCAGUCCAUGUUGUCCUAGCAGCCCGCCGAGGUUCCAACUCGUGCCAGCCCGCCUCUGUACAGUGACACUACUUCCACACUGUCUGCGCCUCAUCCUGACUUCUGCUGAGUGCUGGGCUCCUACUCAGAAGGGCAAGAGCUGGUCCCAGAGGUCUGACCUGGCCUUCCUUCACCUUGCCUACCAGUGGCCUGAGGCUCUGGGAUCAGCUGUCUCCCUUGGACACCGGAUUGGAAAUAAUAGCCUGAGGCUGAGUAGUCAGUCUGUAGUGACCACAGGCUUGGCCUCUAGACCCUGCUGCCUGGUGUCAUCAGUGCUCAGGCGAGCAGUGGGCCCCACCACAAAGCUGGAAAAUGCCAGGGGGUGUCAGCCUUUCCCACACUUUGCCCUGCCUGCAGGGCUCAGCCUUGCCCUCGUGUCUCAGCUCCAAAGUGCCUGUGUCCCCUGCUUUUCUCUGUGUUGCCCAGCAGGGACUUGACACAAUGCCAGAGGCACUAUGAAAGUUCACCCAGAUGGAAGGCAGGCAGGCUCACGGUUCACCCAUUGCACCCCCACUCUCCUAAGGGGUGCUGGUAUCCCCAGGGUUUAUCUGCUUACAGGAUUUAGAUGAGGUUCAAGGCUGACAUUUUAGGGCAGUUCUCAGGAUUGCCAUUUUCCUCCUUGCCUGUGGGUUUAACUUUUGUAUUUUUUAAUCACAACUUUGAUACAAAGCAUUUUUAUCUUACUAUUUGGAGAUGCCAAUUCUACUUUUGAAUUUAGCUUACUAAUUCACAUCUGGGACAACUCUUAGGAAGUCAACAAACCUUACUUUGGUUACUGUGGAUUUGGGGCAGUAUGACACUGCCUGACACCCAACAUCUUGUGCCCAAUAAACAGCGCUGGAACACACAGGGGAUCUUUGCUGAGGCAUGGGAUUGGGCGUUUUGGGAUGGAUUAUGAAGAAUUUUGGCUGUAAGGCUGCUGACCUGGCCCCAGCUGCUCUGGGAUGAAGCCCCACUAUUCCUAAGCUCACCUGACACUGCUUGGUCAGGCCACAUUAUGGGACUAUGUGGGAGCCUGGCAGUGCAGCAGGGAGCCCCCAACUUCCCUUGAGAACCUGGUCUUAGCUCCAACCAUGGGGUGGGGGGGUCUCUUGAACACCAAAAGACUCAUGGGAGAAAUAUACCCCCGCCCCAGCUCCUCACUCCCCUAAGAUUCUUAAGAGCACUCAGUCCAUCACAGCCAGGGAUGUAACCUCAAAUAUUUCCAAGGUCUGCCAUCUGACAAGAUAGGGUGAGCUGAAGAGCUCUGGGGUCUCUGCCUGGCCUACCAUUGGUUGGACUACCAGCUCUGAGAAUUGUUGCCACUCAUGGACCUACUGCCAAAUCAGAUUUUCAUUUUCUUGUCAGAUUUUUGAAAUAUUCCAUUUUUUAAAAUGUGACAUCUGGUAACACACUGGGUGGUGCAAAUAAAACAGGUGUGUGCAUUUGG